AUGAGGAUGUUGGACAGCUGUUCCAAGUCGCCCUUGAGCGGCUCCAGUAACGUGGCUGCCUCCUGUUGCGAGAUCUGGUGUUCUGUGGUUUUCUUUUUUCUUGGAGAGUUUUGGUUCUUGGUUCUUGCGCGUGCUUUUAUGACGGAAACAGGGUCGGGUGACUGUUCAGGGGUGAACGAAGGCGAACUUGUCACAGGCAACGGAGCAAUGUUUUCUUUAUCUUCUUCGGAUUCAUACUGCUCUGGUGUUUGCUCCACCUGCUCUGUUUCUUCUUCCUUCUCGUCCUCUGUCAACUCGUCUUCGGUCUCGACCAAGAUAAGUUCGCCACGAAUGUCUAAAAUCAAGCCAGGAAGCACUGGUAGCACGAUGGUUUCGUCCUUCAACACGUACAAGUUGGUCAUGGAAGACUCUUGA